AUAUUUUACACCAGGGCGAGGUCUGUGUGUAUCUUUCACAGGAGGAGCGAUUUCACCGAGUUUUUCUCCUAAAGUUGCUCCAAAAUGAGUGACAGUACCCCUUUCUUCGAGCCCAAAGAUGAUCAAGACGAUAAGAAGCCGAGUUUUGAAUUAUACAUCAAGGCUUCAACAAUAGACUAUGAAUCCAAAGGGUCGUGUCCAAUAUGUCAGCAAUGGUUCAUGCUGGCCUACCUUCUGGCCGAAAAACAGUGUGUCAGCUUCCGUGUGUAUACAGUGCUAUCCUCUACGCCACCGAAAACAUUCAGUGAAAAGUUGCAAGGCAAGAACCCCUCACAAUACCCUGUAGUCAUCGGGCUUGGUGGUGAAGACAACAAUGGCCAAAGCCUAAUGAGCCGUAUCGCAGACAACAUUGACGAAGUGGAACAGUUCUUUGAAGAAGUGAACCCAUAUUUUCGAGAUCUUAAAAGGAAUACCCCAGAUAAUUUGAGUGGAUUGCAGCUAUUUCAAGACUUGACAAAAAAAUUGAACAUAUUUCUACAAUCCACAGCACAUGGUCAUGACCCAGAUGGAUCAAAGUUUAAAGCUUACCUUAAAACCUUAGAUGAACACCUAGAUAAAUUAGAUACCAAAUUCCUGUGUGGGAAUUCAUUAUCAUAUGCCGACUGUUCCCUUUUGCCAAAACUGCAACAUGUCCGGAUAGCUUGUGAAGCAUUAAAAGGCUUCAGGAUUCCAGAUGAGUUUAGUGGAAUCUGGAAUUACUUGAAAAAUGCUUACACUGUACCAGCCUUUGUGCAAACAUUACCGGGAGACAGGGAUAUCAUUUCACACAACAUGCAGAAGGCUUCUACAAAGUUGGUGGGGAGCAAGUCCCCGCACCUGUUAAAGCUUGAGCCUCCGACAAUUUCUGUGCCAGAAAGAUACUACGAACAGGAAGUUGUCACCACUCAGGAGGAAGUCAUCAACAACGGAAAGGAAGAGGAGGAGGAAGAAGAAGAGGAGGAAACAAAGCCAGUCGUAGAGAAUGGAGAUGAGGAGGAUCAAAUGCCAGAGCCUGAUGAGGUUAAUAGGGAGGUGUAUGAGCAACAACAGGUGUUGGAAAAUGACGAGGGACAGGAAAACUGUACAAAUGGGGAUGAUCCAGUUGAGUGAAGGGAGAUAACUCUGUUAGCUAUUUCACAGCCUAUAUAUGGAUGAGAGAUAACUAAUUUGAAAUCGACAUUACAAAAGUAAAUGUAGACUGAAGAAAUCUUGUCUAAGACAUAGAUUUUCAUGCAUUUGUGAUCUUAAUAUGCUUCGGGAACCAUCCAAGUAGCACUGUCUGUCUACAUAGUCUUUACCUGCAGCUGGAUUGCAUACAAGUGAAUUUAAAUGAACAUUGUUUAAUACCUCUUCCAGGUAUACGUAGUGCUUUGACAGCACAAGAUACUGAUAAGUUUUCUUAAAAAUGCAUGGUUCUCGCUACAUGCCAGUAGCAAGCAGUUUAUAUACACAAAAACAAUUUAUGGAAUUUUGUAAGGAAUGAUUUCAUUUGAAACAGGACAAUAUUCUCGAAAGUUUCUGAUGUGUUGCGCAUCUCCCAAGGGAAAGAGAAUAAAAUUAUGAAUGAUAUAUCCAAAAUUUAAAAAUGAUUAAUGUAUAUUGUUUAUAUAUAUUUAUAUAUGUAUGUAUAUCAAUUCAUAUUUCAUAGUCUAGACAUGAAAACAUAUUUUAUAUUUUGUUGAGUCAUCACAUAUAUAUGAAAGAGGGGCUUUCUAUACUGUGUAUUGCUUUGUUAUAGCUUCAGUUGUGGUACUGUAAGGUAACAUGCCAAGCAUAUCCUUGUGCAUUGACUGUUUAAGCAGUGAUGUCAUUGUAAAUUAAAGUCAAAAUAUUAUUCAGAAUUAAGAAAAAAAUAUGUCGCGUUUAUGUUUGUGCAGAUUUACAUUGUGAGGAUAUAUACAUGUGAUAUGUGUUUGUAUGAUUAUAAGUUAAUAAUAUAAUUCUUUAAUGGUUUGGCAUGGUGUAUUAUUGAUAAUUAAUUCAAAUCAUAUUUCAAAUUUUGGAAUUGAGGUGUUGUAUUCUGCAUGGGAUAUUUCAUAUCAAGCAUAAGCAAAUAUUUGAUCAAUUAGCUACCAACCAUAUUUCAAGAUAUUUCAAACUAGGUGAGACUCAAAGUGUUAGACAUUUUGAUUUAAUUCUGACUUGUCCAAUGUCUGUCUUUCAAUAGUAAGCACCGUCCAUUAGUGAUUCCUUGUGCCUACAUUAACAAUGAAGAUAAACUGUGCCUUCUCUUAAAAUGUGACUGUUUUACAGAAAAAAGUUAUUACACUAAUUUACGCUUUCCCUGAAUUAUUGGCCUUAAAAUGUGACUGUUUUACAGAAAAAAGUUAUAACAGUAAUUUACGCUUUCCCUGAAUUAUUGACCAUACUGGUACUGUACAUCAUCACAGCUAAGAAAUCAUAAGAUCAGUAGAAAUCAGAUACGGAUGCUGACAAUUACUUUGGUUUUGUCCCACAUUUGUAAAACACCCAUAUCUGUGACCCGUUAACUUCAGCGUAUAAUAAUGUGGCAUGUUAUUUUUGAUAAAAGUUGAAUUGACGUUAAGUUAAAGGGGAAUGAUAAAGUCUAACUGUGUUGUCAAGAUUGGUGUAUAUUUACAAUGACCUGGUACCAAUACUUAAAACACUCCUUAUUUAUCCGAGUGACCAAACUAGAUCACAUUGUAUUAUGGGAUUGUUUAAAAAACAUUAACCAAUUCUAGUUUAAAGUAUUAUUGUGACUUAUGGUACUAUUCAAUAAUUAAGACUUAUAUAUAAUAUGUAUGUUAUAUUCAAGAAAACAAUCCUUUUCAGGUAAACUGGAUUCCAUCUUCCAAUACAGAAUUAUUUUCAGGUUGUAAACUGUAUGAUAGUAAAGAGAUGAUUAGCUGUUUAUAAAUCUACCAAUUCUGUCGGGUAUAUUUGAGGUAGUAUCUUGAAAAGGUUAUGGUUGUUUUCUUGACAAUAAUGUAUGUGGAUUUCUUUAACAGUGUGAUGAAACGUUUAAUAAAUUUAUAUUGAAAAUAAUGAAUAUAUAUAUAUGUACCCAGUACUUACAGUGAAGAUACAUCACAGAACAUACAAGGUGAUAGACAAUUUAUUUUUUUAAUCUACUUUGAUAUAUAGAUGCAGAAAUCAAUAAGGUUGGAUUUUGAUACUAAUUUUUCACAAAUUACAUAUUGUUGUAAGAAUCAAUUUGAUUGCAAAAUACUUUUUUCUGUUACUAAAAGUUGAAGAGCAACACUGCAGGAUGCAUUUAAAAGUAAUAAUGAGGAGAAAUAUCACCAAAUAUUUACCAAUGAAACUUUUAUGUUGUAUGCAUAUUUGAUCAUAAACGAUUACAUUUAUCAUCUAAUGCCUACACAGGCGAGAGAAAUGAGUUGUAGAUACGCAUUUUGUUUUGUUUGUUAAAAGAAAGCUUAACAAUUUGUACACACCAUUUAUAUGUUGGUAUGUUAUUGGGAGUAACAUCCAUUUUAUCUACUUAUUUAUACAGUUAAUAUUGACUUAAUAAAAGGACCAAAGUUCCUUUGAAAAUAGUAUAUUCUUGAUAACAUUAUUUACUUGGAAACACUUUGGGUUGAUUCAGAGAUUCAUUACCUACGUUCCUGUGGUGACAGGUUUCUUACCUUAAUUUUCACAAAUACAUUUUUCUUUGAUUAUGAGUUGAUGUUACAAUUGAAUAUACAUGUUGUUUUCAUUAAAAAUUAUAAUGCAGAUUAAAAUAAUUACCUUUAAAGAUUGUUAACCAAUAAAUUCUGUCUGAUCUUAAAUAAUCAUUUUUCCCAGUUUGGGUGCAUGAAAUGGAACAUAUUAAUUUGAGAAUAUUUUUCUAAACUUGUUAUGGAAGACAUAAAUUCUUCUUUAUUGAAGUAAGUGUCAUUCUGGGGUUGAUAGAGUUGUAUAUUUGUUUUCUUGCCCUUAUUCGUUUGUUCAAUUCUCCAGUUGGCUUCCAGAAUAUACAAUCAUGAAAAUGGCUUUAAUAUCUCAAAUUGAUGUUUCAUUAUUUGAACUUUGAAAAUGAUUCAUUUCUAUUUCUUGGUAUAGAUUUGUCAAAUAACAAUGGAAAUAGCUUGAAUCAAGGCAAAACAUCAGCAUUCAUAUUAAGAUUGAAAUUAAAACUGUAAUAAAUAUGUUCAAUAUCGGUACAUUUGUUAUAUUACCCGUGUAAUAUCAUUGUCAAAUGUAAUCUUUAUAUAUGAUAGAAUUAUGAAAUAAAGGUAGUGUACAGA